GAUUUAUUGACAAAGAAAUUACGUCAAAGGAAUCAAAUGCAACACGUGCUAGAACCACAAAACACACGUGAAUGUUUCAUCAUGAAAGAAAAAUUACUGAAAGUGGGCUGCAAGAACAUUCAUUCAAAAGUGGCAAGGAGCCGUUUCCCUACUACCCAAUCAACUUUCUUAUUCUUUUGUUCACGUGAUUAUAUUUUACAGUGAACUUAGCAAGAAAAUGCAGCCAUAGAUACUAUUAACUGACAAGGUUCAACCAAAUUCUAGCGCGAGAAAUAAAUUUGGCAACUUGUGAUUGGCAAAGUUCGGUCAGGGCAAUCAGCUAUGCACUUAUAGCUUCAAAUCCCCAUUAUGGACGAGGAAAUUUACAUGAGCCAGUUUAAAAAAAGUUCUUUAAAAAGCAUUUCAGAUGCACGUGAAACCCAGCUAUGCUCUAAAAACGGGGUAGUGAGAACAGAAAAGCUUGUCGACUUGCAUCACCUGUGAGAAGUCUCUUGUUUCUUGAAUGAUAUUGAUGUCAAGUAUCUCUUCGGAACAUAUCAAAGUUUCUUUUAUAAGCUAAUAGACAUAGAUGCUUAGUAAACUGUGGACUACUGUGCUGAUAUCAUAUAAGCAUCCAGUCUGUCUGGAGUAUCCAUGAUAAAAAUAAUCUAAAAAGCUGUUUUAAUGAAUAUCGUGAUAUCGUGUUUUCAAUUUGUCACGAUAUCGAGGCUCCCAAGCGCCAAAAUUUUGAAAUUGUUGUAGUUGUCACAGGAAUUCCUUGUGAAAGAUCAACUUGAGAUUUAUCUUUGCAAGUCAACGUUGUAUUAAUUCUGUGUGAUUGAUUGCAAAUGUAUUUGAUUUGGUUUAACGUGCUGGUGACGCGAAACAUAAAGAUGCCAGUAAGUCAUAUUCUAAGCCAAAAAAACGACAGGGCCUAAUUAAUGUGGCAGUUAUCUGCUUGUUUCAUCGUGGGAUCGUUGCCUGAAACAAGGUUGGUGUCAGUACACAACAGGCUUUGUGUGUGUUAGAAUGAAUACAGCUUACGGUCUUUUAAAUUGAAUAGUUAUUUGGCUUUAAAAUAUGUGUGAUUCAGGAUUUCAUGUCGAGGGGAGAAAACCCUCGACCAACAUUGCAAAAAUGUUGCCAUCACAUGGAGAUGAAACCAGUGAUCACCAAGAAGCAGAGAAUGAUCAUAAUCAUGCUUUUAUCGAUGAUUUAUGGAACAGACUUUCCCCAAUCAAAAAUGGCUCUCCUACAUUGCAAUGUGAAAGAAAAGCAUCAGUGGCAAGUACUCCUCUUUUACCUAGUCAACGCCCUUCACGAUUAGUGAGAAGUGUAAAAAGAAGAAGACAUUCUAGGUUUCCCGAACAAAGACCAAAGCAACAAAAGAAACUUGAAGAAGAUAUCCCAGUAAUUUCUUCAUAUUCUUCAGCAGCUAUCAAUGAAGAAAGACAGAUGAUGGAAGUUUCUAACAUUGGUGAAAGUUUAAAUGAAGCAUUAACCGGAGAAAUUACUAUAAUUCCUAAUUCAAUGCCAAAUUCUCCUGAAAAAAUUAUAAUGAAGUCUGGCGCUAAAACAACAGAAAAUAUAAUUGAGGUAACUGACAGCCUUCACGUGACAACUGAUAUGCAUUCCAAGCUUACAACAUCUUUCGACAACAUGAUAAUGUCAGGAGAAUGCAACCUUGAAAAUGAUUCGAAUCUUGGAAAACAUAAGAAAUGUGAAACUUUCUAUGGACUACCACUAAAGGUCAAGGACAUUCUCAAGUUACAAAGAGGAAUAGAAAAUGUUUAUGAAUGGCAAAAUGAUUGUCUUAGUCUUCCUGCAUUAAAUAUGAGAAAGAAUCUGAUUUAUUCAUUGCCAACAAGUGGAGGGAAAACUCUUGUAGCAGAAAUCUUGAUAUUGAAAGAACUUCUUGUUAGAGAGAAAAAUGCCAUUUUGGUGUUACCAUAUGUUUCUAUUGUACAGGAAAAGGUUAGGGGCCUUUCCCCAUUUGCUGUAGAGCUUGGUUUCCAUGUUGAGGAAUAUGCUGCAAGCAAGGGUUCAUUCCCACCUAAGAAGAGAAGGAAGAGGCAGUCAGUAUAUAUAGCAACAAUUGAAAAGGCUGAUGGGAUUGUCAACAGCUUGAUUGAGGAUGACAGACUGGAUGAGCUUGGAAUGGUGGUAGUCGAUGAGCUACACAUGAUUGGUGAAGGUGGAAGUCGUGGUGCCAGAUUAGAAACGUGUCUUACAAAACUAAUUUACUCAAAAGCUGACGCACAAAUUAUUGGAAUGAGUGCUACUCUUGGCAAUCUCUGUGAUCUGGAGAAGUUCCUUGAUGCUGAGAUCUACUGCAAUGAUUUCAGGCCGGUGAAACUUACAGAGCAUGUGAAGUUUGGAGACACAGUCUAUGAAAUUGAUAAUGCUAAGCUACAAACUAAUGUCGAGGAGGCUUUCAAACCAGUGCGAAAAUUGACACAUCCAAAGGAGCUGAGUAAGAAAAUUGGAAGUGUAGAUCCUGACCACAUUUCAACUCUUGCUUUGGAAGUAAUUCCAAACCAUUCAUGUCUCAUCUUUUGUGCCACCAAGAAAAAUUGUGAAAAUGUAGCAGCGAUGCUUGUGAAGUGCUUACCUGACACGCUGAAGGAAACUAAAAAAGAACAAAGACUGCAGCUCCUGAAGACAAUUCGUGACAGUGUAAACAACGUGUGCGAAGUUCUCCGUAGGACAAUUCCAUACGGCAUUUCAUACCAUCAUAGCGGCCUUACAAUGGACGAAAGAAAGUUAAUCGAAGAUGCCUAUAGCUUAGGAACGCUGUGCCUUUUAUGUUGCACAUCAACACUAGCGGCUGGGGUCAACCUACCCGCCAAACGGGUUAUACUACGAGCUCCGUACAUUGGGAAUUCAUUUCUUACCAAAAGCCGAUAUAACCAAAUGAUUGGCAGAGCUGGUCGUGCUGGUAUUGAUAGCUCUGGGGAAAGCAUCCUGGUCGUGCAUGCCAAGGACAAAUCAAAGAUGAUGGAUUUAUUAAAAGGCAACAUUGACCGAUGCUAUAGCAGCUUGGAUUAUGAAGAAUCAAAAGGAUUAAGAGCUUUUAUUUUAAGUUCUAUAGGACUUAAGCUUUGUUCCACUGUGCCAGAAUUGAAAUCUCUUAUGGAGAAAACCCUCUUUUAUGUGCAAGGAUGUAAAGAAAGUGACUUUGAUAUAGAGCAGCGAAUUAACACAGAAAUUGAGAAGCUGUCUGCAGUUGGCCUGGUUCGUUUAAAGGAACAGAGUCAAAAUGGUUCGCUUACCAAAGUUCUUGAAGCCACCGAACUUGGAAGAGCUACAUAUAAAGGCUCCUUAGAUGUUGACAGUACUCAGUUCAUAUACCAAGAACUGCUGAAGGGGACCAAAAACCUUGUGCUUACCCAUGAGCUACAUUUGCUGUACCUAGUAACACCUCUGGAAAGUGUAAAAGACAUUCGAUUGAACUGGAUGCCGUACUACCAACAUUUCAGUAAAUUAUCACCAGAUGAGAUACAGGCUGCAGAACUGAUAGGUGUAUCCGAAAGCUUCAUAACGAGAAAGGCUGCCGGACAAAGGUGUGCAAAAGACAAUGUUAAUGAGUUUGUGCUCCGUCGAUUUUGGCUUACACUUAUGAUCUACCAACUGGUAAAAGAGGUAUCGGUAUGGCAGGUUGCCGCUAAUUUUGGAUCGACAAGAGGCUUUCUUCAAGGACUGCUGACGUCAACGGCCUCUUUUGCAUCCAUGCUUAUCAAUUUUACCAAGGAACUUCCUGAAUUUUGGUCACUGCGAUUGUUAUUUGAAGCUAUGCUUCAGAGAUUGUCAUAUGCAGCCACUGCGGAGCUUAUUCCAUUGAUGGAAAUCCCAGGAGUUAAGCUGGCUCGCGCAAAACAAUUAUACAAGGCUGGUUACCACACUUUGAAGUCACUAGCUUGGGCUAACGCAGAAGACCUCUGUAGAAAUAUCGACUAUUUGCCAAAGAAACAGGCGAAUCUAAUAGUAUCUACAGCAAAGAUGUUACUCCAAGAAAAGGCUGAAUCAUUAAGAGAUGAAGUUGAAGAAAUGAUGCAGCAAUCUCAAUAACGUGCAGGCUCAGUUGUCUGUCUUCUGCGACGAUAUUUACACUACAGCUGGUAGUAGGGGUCAGGAAUGCAGCUCUCAGCUUACGCAACAUCGCUACGGGUGAUUCCGACCCGGUUGCCGGUUGAAGAUUCUCCUUCAUGAAGAAAUCCAGUGAUCUGUCUCCGGACAAAUCUUCGUAUUCUACCAUUUCCCUUGAAGAACACCAGGGCGUUGAUUGAACAGUAUACAAAAAUGAAUACAAAUGCCCACAUGGUUGCUACACCUACAGCAGGGCUUUGGGUUUGAUUCUUUUCAUACUUAUGAUAAAUAAGCAUUGGGGUAAUGACGUUGAAUGGCACGUAGGUGAUGAUUAGGAAGACAAGCAUGGCCCAGAUAAGCGAGGUAGUUUUGGAAUCCAGUCUUGCAGAUACAGUGCCAUUGAAAUUUGUAUUGGCAAGACUUUUGGUGACGCUGAUGUUGUGAAUUCGUACUUUGCGUAGAAGCAGAGAGUAAGCGAUGAACACGGAGAGAAUGAGGCAAAUGUUGACGCCCACAAGGGCCAUUUGAAAGUGGAACGAGAUGAAACUUACCCCAAUGUAUGAGCUGAUAACUGUAAAAACAAAGCACACACCAAUAAGAAUACAUAUUUGUCUGUUACUUAAUGGCCUGGACGAUCGACGCAGUUUCUUUAUUUGAUACAAGCGAUCAAAUGAAAUGCACAUCAGCAUAAAGUAAGAGAAGUAUGCAAACAGAUAGAAUCCAUAAUGUGUCAGUUGAUCCAACAAGCAGCUUUUGUGGUCUUCUCUAAUCGAAAUAGUGACAGCUACGGCAGGCAUCACGAGCAUGGCUUGCAGAAAAUCAGAUGUACACAUUGCGAUCAUGAAUCGAAACGUGUUUGUGCUUGUCUGCUUUGUUUUGUAAAUACUGUACACCAGGAGAGAAUUGAGGCCCAUUGUUGUUACCGAUACCAAAGAAAUAAUUACUACCAAAUGGGUACCAUGAACCAGAUUGUGAGGCCAAAGUGAGCUGCACUUCUCUGUCAUCUUUAUGAAUGGAUUGUUUCUUGCACCUUCUAUGAAACCAGCUUUUUUCAAUAAGUGAGACUUCCGAACGACGCUUAAAUAACAAAGAUAAUAGAGUAACCUUUUACGCUUCGACAAUGUCUUGAUUCUUCUUGUAUUUUCAUCAAACUGCUUUUCCUGGUCUCAAUUCCCACUCCUUUUAUCAACGUUUGAUUUCUGUUUGUGUAUGCAAAGGCAAUUAUUGAAAGCGUGAAGUUUUGCCUUGGACUUGCUAGCAACGCAAAUACACUGCUCGUUAAGUUGUUUUUUCCACCUUGCCUGCUUAUUCAAACUAGACUUACAAAGUCUAUUAUUCAGUUAGUUCUCCGAUUGCAGCUUGCUCCGUUCCAGUAGUUGUGAGAAAAUCUACUUAGGUUUGUAAUGCUUCCUUAAUUGCGUCCAGAAAUAUCAACAUUCUACUAACUAUUGUAUUCGCUAUUCAUUGCUGGCGUAUUUUGGGCCCAGCUG